ACCAUGUUUGUUGAGUCAGUUAAUGCUUCUAGCUAUUCAAAGGAUGGGCAAAAGCUAUUUGAAUUACUAGACAAGUUUGUGGAGAAAGUUGGAAAAGAGAAUGUGGUGCAAGUUAUCACUGAUAGUGCUGCAGCUAAUGUGUUGGCGGGGAGGUUUUUGGAAGCUAAGUAUGAACACUUGUAUUGGACACCAUGUGCUGCUCAUUGUUUGGACUUGAUGUUAGAAGACAUUUUCAAGAUACCUAGACUGAAAAAGACAUUUAAAAGGGGUAUUGCAGUACAUGGCUACAUUUACAAUCAGCCUACGUUGCUAAACAUGAUGAGGCGCUAUACAAAUUUGAAGAAUUUGAUCAAGUCUGCAAAACUAGAUUUGCAACCGCCUUUUUGACUUUAUCUAGGAUGCAUCAACAAAAAAACAAUUUGAGAAAGAUGGUCACCUCCGAAGACUGGA